GACCUCGGCUGCCUGGACUGCCAGGAACUGGAAGUUGACAUUGAAUCCAGGCUGAGGAUGGAAGGUGUGGAGCUCAAAGAAGAAUGGCAGGAUGAAGAUUUUCCAAUACCUUUACCAGAAGAUGACAGUAUUGAAGCAGAUAUACUAGAUGUAACUGGUCCAGACAGCCAACCUGGCUCAUUAGAAGUUAAUGGAAAUAAAGUGCGUAAGAAACUAAUGGCUCCAGACAUCAGCCUGACCCUGGAUCCUAGUGAAGACUCUGUGUGGUCGGAUGAUUUGGAUGAAGGUGGAGAGGUUGACCUGGAAGGCUUGGACACCCCAUCAGAGAACAGUGAUGAAUUUGAGUGGGAAGAUGAUCUUCCCAAACCCAAAACUACUGAAGUCAUUAGGAAAGACUCAGUUACUGAAUACACAGCCACAGAAGAAAAGGAGGAUGGACGCCGCUGGCGCAUGUUCAGGAUUGGAGAACAGGACCACAGGGUGGAUAUGAAGGCAAUCGAACCCUACAAAAAAGUUAUUAGCCAUGGAGGAUAUUAUGGGGAUGGUUUAAAUGCCAUUGUUGUAUUUGCUGUCUGUUUUAUGCCUGAAAGUGGUCAGCCUAACUAUAGAUAUCUGAUGGACAAUCUCUUUAAAUAUGUUAUUGGCACUUUAGAGCUGUUGGUAGCAGAGAACUACAUGAUCAUUUACUUAAAUGGUGCGACAACUCGAAGGAAAAUGCCCAGUCUGGGAUGGCUGAGGAGAUGCUACCAGCAGAUUGAUAGACGAUUACGCAAAAACCUGAAGUCUCUAAUCAUUGUCCACCCAUCUUGGUUUAUCCGAACACUUUUAGCUGUUACAAGACCAUUUAUCAGUUCAAAAUUCAGUCAGAAAAUUAGAUACGUCUUUAAUUUGGCAGAACUCGCGGAGCUUGUUCCCAUGGAGUAUGUUGGCAUACCAGAGUGCAUCAAACAGUAUGAAGAAGAAAAGUUUAAAAAGAGACAAAAAAGAGUUGAUCAAGAACUUAAUGGAAAACAAGAACCACCAAACAGUGAGCAGUAGGUUCGGUGUCCUGUCCAGAUGAGACAAAGAGCGCCUGAGAAGUGGGGUUGUUGUGUGUCAUAGUGCAUUCAUGGCUCGAGUUUUUAUGUAAUCUGUUACAAAAUUUACUUGACUCCUUUCCAAAUGGACUCUUGUACAAGGGACUGUUCACUGCUGUAAUGGUUUGCAAUUCUUGAAUUUAGCUCUUUAACGACUAAUUAUAAUCAUUUUAUAUUGCUAAAUAGCAGAGAACUACACUUUAUAUAAAGCAAUUUUUGCAUUUGUUUAUUUGAAUGAUGCAUCUUCAGUAAAAUAUUUAUAUACAUAAAUGACAAAGGAAAGAAAUAAUAUAUAUUUUUUAUGUUGGGGGCAAUAUUUUUUAGUGUGUACUCAUCUAGUUGAAGAAUGUACACACAAUUUUAAAUGUAAAGUGCAUGUAAGACUUGUUUUUGUAAAUGGUUGAAUACAUUUCCUGUGUAGCUUAGGCUGAGUUAUCCUAAGGCAAGGACGGAUAAACUGACUCGGAGUACCCAGGGUCAUGCACAUGCUCUAGUCAGUAGUGGCAGCCCGAGCUUCUCCUCACCUGAAAGCACAUUACUUCAUAACGUGGUGGCAGUGCAGGCAGGUGAACGGCUUGCUUUCCUCUCUAAAGACGUCCUAGAACCAGACCCAGAGACUUUGAGAAAGUAGUGGUUAGGCUUUGUAUAUAUGUAUAUAAGGGAACUUUUAUUUUACCCAAAGUCAGUACUGUUUAAAAAAGAAAGGAAGGAAGGGAACUCUUAAGAUGUGUUCACUGAUGUGAAAUGAGCUGUGUCUGUGUGAGUGAAGCUGUGAGGUAUUGCAGAGGCUUCCGUGAGUGUUCAUGGUCAGCUGCAUCUGUAGAGCAGAUGGGCUGCCAUUGAAAUGCUCUCAUAGAGCACUUUACCAGAAUACUUCCUCAUCAGUGUGACCACAGUGCUAUUUGACCUACGCAGAUAGGUGUUCAUGUAGCUGUUGGAUGGUGUUACAGUGCUAUACAUGGGUCAUUUCUGUAAGUAUGGGAGUACCGCUGGUGUUUCGUGCACUCAAGAUGACAUUUAUUGUACGUAAGCCCUCAUUUCAUGUGGUUAAGUACCUGACUGAACACUGAAAUAAAUUUUAUUUGUGCCUCCAAGCAGGGUUUAAUUACCUACGAAAUCUUUCCAAAACAACAACUUCGUCUAGUCUUGUGUCCUGAACUUGCCUGGCCUGUACAUAUUUAAUUGCUGUAUCAGCUUCAAACCACCCAGUCCUUCCUAUAAACUGUUUACAAGAGUGACCUAGCAAAUCAAAAUUGAGUCAGGUGUGAACUAAACUUAGAAGAUUAUUCCCUCUUGUCCUGAACUUCUUGACCUUCACUAUUGUCAGGUUUUAGUGUUAAGAUUUUAUUACAAAAGGGAAUGUUUCUUUAACUUCUUUGUCCUUCUCAGGCAUAAAUUUGACCUGCUAAAUUAAAGCCAGUUACGGUCAAGCUGGAGGACUCUAGGUAAAAUAUUCCUCCACAAUCUCUCAGCUUGGAUCCAGCUUUUCAGUCACAUCCUGUACUAGUGUCAUUGGAGUAAAUGGAGUGAAAACCAUUUUAUUUGUGUUGGUGAAGGAAACUUUAAGAAUAGCUGUAUCGAGCCAGGCGUGGUGGCAUCCAUCUUUAAUACCAGCAUAGCUCCAUAGACAUCCUUCUGAACUUACCCUUGGGUAGCUUGCAGAAUGUCUCAUCUGUCUCUCGUCUCGGAAUAAACUAAACACUGUCAUUGGUUUUCUUCCAGUGAUCUUCAGUUUCAAAAUACAGACAGUAGCUUCAGCUUUUUAUUUUGUUUACUUUUUUCAGAAGUGGAUUUUUUUUUUUUUGUAAAUUUUUAAAAAGUAGAAGUAGCCUAUGUUCAGUUAGUACAUUAAAGUUCAAGAGGGACUGGAGAGCUGGCUCAGUGAUUGCAAGAGCCAAGUUUAGUUCCCAGUGCCCAGAACAGGCAGUUCAUGCCCACCUAUAACUACAGUUCCAGGGGAUUCAAUGCACUCUUUGGCCUCUGGGCACCUGCAUACCAUGAUGUCAUACACACACACCCCUAAACCUCUUUUUAAAAAUGAAUAAAAUUCAGAAGGGACAGCCAAGUAUCCUGGCGUAUGCCUUGAAUCCCAGCACUACGGAGUCUGAAACAAGAGAGUCUUAAGUUUGAGGCUCAUCUAGGCUACAUAGCAAGCCCUUGAUACAAGGAAAUAAAGGGAACGGUGCUAAGACUUGAAUCAUGGGGGGAAACUGCUUUAACGUGCAUUUGAAUGGCAUGUGGUAUAGGGAUGGACCCACAAUAUAUGUAAACAUGCCUGUGAGACUGGGUUGAUAACUAGUAGGCUAGAGGAAAAGCCGUAUUAAGUUGAUGUUUAAUUAGUAACAAUAUAACAUCUUCCAUAUUUUAAUUUCCAUUACUAAUUGAGGUGCAAAUGCAUAGAAUAAUUCUAUGACUUUUUGCUGGGGUCAUGGAUAAACUUAACAGGUUUAAUUUGUGAUGUUUCUAUUACCGUCUUUGUUACACUUCAGCUCUGAUUGCCCCUUUUUUAUCAAAAGUUUUUCUUCGAAAAUAAUGUGAUUCUGUGUUCUUCUUGAUUGUGUUCCUUAAAAAGGCACCAAGGGAAGCUGUGAUGUCUCUGCCCCACACUGAAGCCUUUAUUUAAUUUGUCAAGGAGGCAAGAGGUACCAGGAAGUGUGGUACUAAGCAGAGUUAGAAGAUGAGAAAAGGCCAUUAUAAAUAAGACUUGGUUAUUACCUACAUGCCACCAAAAGUGUCCCUCUUAAGGGAAGUACUCUGUGUCGCAGUGGAUGGUUCCAUUUCCUGUAUCCACAAGGAAAAGUAGAUGUCAAAUAAGAUGUGGCUUGAAAGGGAAAUUGCCAAUGGCUCUUGUGAUGACAAUCUUGUUCUCUUAUCCUUUCAGCUUCAGAUAGAAGUGGGUCUCAACAGUGGUGUAGUUGCUAGUGUCCAAGUUGACUGACUUCUGUAGUUGGUAAACGUUAAUGUUGGCUUCUGUGCCAAGUGUCACUCUUUAGUGUCACCAGCUCCUUGACAGUAUUCUUCCACAACACUGCAGCCAUUUGUGUGCGUGCUCAGGGAAUUUAAAGAGGCAGUCUGAAGUAGAAGUGUUUGUUGUUUGCAGUGAGCUAUUCAGUUGGGAAUUGGCACUAGAGUACUUGCAGUAGAGCAGGCCAGUUUCUGGAUAGAAGUGGUCCAUUUAUGAAAGGUAACAGUGGCUUUGGCCUUCUUUUUCCUGUGUUAUAAGUAGAAAAUUGUUGCCAGGUGGUGGUGGUGUGUACCUUAAUCCCAGCAUUCCAGGAGGCAGAUGCAGACAGUUCUCUGAGUUCAAGGCCAGCCUGGAAAACACAGAAAACCCUGUCUCAAAAAACAAAAAAAAAAGUGGGGGGUAGAAAAUUAACAGUGUUAGUUGUGCAGACAGUUGACUACAGAGGUGCCACGCCAUUCUACUUUGGUUUUGUCAUGUGUCUCCCUCCACUCCUCCUGCCCUUAUUGUAUUUAGAUAUUUCAGAAAUGGAUCUAUCAAUCUCAGAGGGCUGAAAUAAGAGGAAUCGGUAGAUUUCCAGGCUAACAUUUGUGCUAGUGGGAGUUUGUCUUCUAGGGAAUGGGAAUCAUGUAGUGGGAGUUGCUAAGACCAUCAAGAAUGGGGCAGCAGCAGGGCAUUGUCUGCCCAGUGUUCUAAACCAGUCCAAAACCAUCUGUCUCAGGAGCCCUUCACCUUGGGCUCCCCUUCUGAGAUUCUGAAUGAAUUCAGUCAGGUCAGAAGGCCAAGUCAUGAAGCUUUAAAGUUCUAAAAGAUAACAAAAAUAAAACAGUGUGUGGAACAGUAAGAGCCAACUACAAUUUGAACAGGACAUUUUAUUGCAAUUAUAUAUAAUAGGUAAUGCUUGUGUAGCCAAAUUUAAACUGCUAUGAGAAAUUCACAUACACCACUUGAAAUCAAGUACUAGAUAAAAACCACAAGUUUUCAGGCCAAGCAUGAUGGCAUGUGCCUGUGAUUCAAGCGCCCUGGAGGCUAAGGCAGGAGGAUUGAGAGUUUGGGGACAGGGAGACCAGCCCUGGGGAUGGGGUGAGGUGGGGUGGGGAGGAGCAACACUUAGUGCAUUCAAAUUAGUAAAAAAUGAUACUAAGCUGUCUGCUUCAAAUAGCUGUCUAAAAGACUUCCUACAAUAGUUGAAAUGCCAGGUGGUGGUGGUGCAUGUCUUUAAUCCCAGCAUUCAGGAGGCAGAGAGGCAGGCAGAUCUAGGAGUUCGAGACCAGCUUGAUUGACGAGCUAGUUCCAGGACAGCCUCCAAAGCCACAGAGAAACCCUAUCUCAAAAAAAAAAACAAAAACAAAAAACAAAAAAACAACAAAAAAAUAGUUGAAAACUUUGGAAUCUGAGUUUUUGUGUAUUUGUAUAUUCAGUUUGACAGGACAAGAACUUGAUAACUGUCAGCUCCUCCAUUGAACCUUUGUAUACAGACUUCAAAAAGGCAACUGUCCUCCUAAGAGUUACUUCAUUGUUUACUUACAGAAACCUAACUAGUAGAUAUUGAUAUUGUGGGAUGCUGGCUUGCACAGCCUUGGGGUGCUGUUCACAAAAACCACAAUUCAGAGUUCAUCAGACACUAUUGCACUUUGAAUCAUACUUCAAAGAUAUUUUCAUUACAAGCUCACAGCUGUCAUUUAGACAAAAUUAACUUACUGACAUUUUUUGCUAUCUUGGAUUGUAUUGACUGGCCUAGAACAUUUCAGUGAGAAUUCAGUCUGAUUGCAGGCUACUGUAGCUUACGGUUCUAGUCAGUGAGCUGCCACUGACAAGCAAAUGUGCUGUUUCCUCUUCUUUGGACUUAUGAAUACAGCGUGUGUCCUAAUUUGUUGCACAGAUCCUACAAUGUUAAUAAUGCGUUUUAAUAAAUUAGUUGGAAUAUA